AUGUUUCUGAAAUUACUUGUAAAUGCAUUUGAACAUGCAAAAUCCAAAAUAACUUCAACACGUUCGAUUAAUCGAAUUUCAUCAGAAUCAGAUGAUGAAUUUGAUCCAAACAAUUCUAAACAAAGUUCUCCAUAUGUUCCAUCAAUAAUUCAUCAGCAACCUCGUUCAUCUUUAUCAAAAUGGUUAUGUACAACCACAGCAUCUGCUAAUAAAUCGAUUGUAUCAUCGAAAGCAAAUAAAGUACGUCGAAGUACUUCAUGGCGAUCUCUAAAGGAGCGUGGAAAUAAUUAUAUCGAACAUAUUACUUCACGAGCAUUAUCUGUUGAUGAGAUUCAUCAAAAUGAUAAAAAAUACAAGCAAGACACUUCUAUACGUAAAGAAAAAUAUAAUCGACGCGAUCCUUCACAUUCACCAUCAACCGAUUCAACUCAUCAAUGUCAACGAAAAGCAGGUCUUAAUCGAAUCCGUUUAUCAAAUUGUGAUGCAUCAACUAGUCUUCCAACAAAUCAUAAUCAUUUUUAUGGUUCAUCAUCAACAUGUGUCAAUUAUGCAGAUAGAAAUAAAAAACAAAAUUUAUCAACAAAAUCUCAUCGAAGAAACAAUCGAGAAAAAUUUCCAACUAAUAAAAUAAAUAGUGUAGGUGGAGAUUCUGGCUAUUCAGAAGAAAGUUUUUCAACAACAAUAUCUUCCUAUACACGUCCAUUACAUACAUCAUGCCCUCAUUGUCAUUGUGAAAAUCGUUCAUCAUUUAAUAAUUAUAAAAAAUCUCAUGACAGCUCUUUAACGGAUUCACCAACGUCAGAUACGACAAUCAAUAAACAAAUUCAUUCAUCAGAUUUUUAUUAUCAUCUUCUUCAACACAAGCAAAUCUUAUCAGCUAGUCGAUCUUAUCCACAUAUUAAACCAUUACCGAAAACAACGAUUCAAUCACAAGCAAUUAAACCUUCAAUAAAACAACAACAACAACAACAACAAAGACACAAUAGAUCGUAUGGAUCAAAAAGACGACGACAUUUAUCUUGUGAUAGUUCACUUUGGUCUAGAACACAAACACAACAACCAAUUCAACAAAGAGCAUCGCCAGUAGUAUCUGAACCUAAUCAUGCAAUUCGUCAACGUCAUUUCACAACGAUUGGUAUGAUGCAUGAUGAUUCAUCAUUGGCCUACUCAAAAACUUCAUCGACUUUGCCAAAAAUGAAACCUGUUUGUGAUGAACUUAAUUUAGCUGCAAUAGAAUUAGAUUCUCUACGUACAUUGGAAUGUUAUCGUACAUCAUUUUCAUCUUCAUAUUCAUCAUCCUUAACAUCAUCAUCAUGCUCAUUAAAUACUGAUAAACAAUUAAAACAACCUCGUUCUCAUCCGAAAAAGUCUUCUCGACCGAAAGGAACGUAUCUUGUUUGGCAUGAAUAUAAAAAUUCUUCAUUAUUAUCAGCAACAAACGGUGCAAAAAUAUUUUCAGUUAUACGCGGUGAUCAAGUACGUUUAUUACGACGCAUUGGUAAAUCAACUUUGCUUGUAAAGAAAGAAGAGGAUGGUUCAAUUGGAUUUCUACCACAAUCAUGUUUAGCACAUGAUGAGAUAAACUCAUUUUUAUCUGUUAAAGGAUUAAGAGAAACUGUUUUGUAA